CCCACCCAGAGCGAGCCCAGCCUCCCCGCCCUGCCUGCCGCUCUGCCACCAGAGCCCACCCAGCCCCGAGAGACGUGGGGUGGGAAAUACGAGUUCCUGCUGUCCUGCCUGGGCUACUGCGUGGGGCUCGGAAACGUCUGGCGCUUCCCGUACCUCUGCUAUCGCAACGGAGGGGGAGUGUUCCUGAUCCCCUACGCCAUCAUGCUCCUCUUCACGGGGCUGCCCCUCUUCCUGAUGGAGCUCAGCCUGGGCCAAUAUGGGGCGGCAGGGCCCAUCACUGUCUGGAAGUGCUGCCCCCUCUUGAAAGGGAUCGGGAUCGGGAUGCUGCUGGUAUCCUCGCUGGUCUCGCUCUACUACAACGUCAUCAUCAGCUGGACUUUCUACUACCUGGGCAUGUCCUUCCAAAGCCCCCUGCCGUGGUCCUGUGACGCCCCGCAGAACGCCCACCUCUGCCAGGCCCAGAACGUAUCACUGGGAAAUGCCUCCCGGAUCAGCGCCAGUGAAGCUUUUUGGAACGAGCAAGUGUUGGGGGUGGUGCACAGCUCUGGCCUCGGUGAUCCCGGCCCAGUGAGGUGGCCCCUCGCUCUGUGUCUGUUCCUGGCGUGGCUGCUCAUCUUCCUGUGUGCGCUGAGGGGGAUCCGCAGCUCGGGCAAGGUGGUGUACUUCACGGCCACAUUCCCCUACCUGGUCAUCGUGGUUCUGAUCAUCCGAGGCGCCACCUUGGAAGGCUCCAUAGACGGGGUGCGCUUCUACCUCUCGGCAGACUGGAGCCGGCUGCACAGUGCUCAGGUCUGGAAUGACGCUGCUUCUCAGAUCUUCUACUCUUUGGGCAUCGGCUUUGGGGGGCUCCUCUCCAUGGCUUCCUACAACAAGUUCGACAACAACGUGAUCAGGGACACCUUGGUGAUCGCCAUCGGCAACUGCUGCACCAGCUUCUUUGCCGGCUUCGCCAUUUUCUCCAUCCUCGGCCACAUGGCCUGGCGGAAGAAGGUCCCGGUGGGGGAAGUGGCAGAUACGGGUCCUGGGUUGGCAUUUGUCGCCUACCCAGAAGCCCUUGCUCUGCUGCCAGGCUCCACUUUCUGGUCGGUGCUGUUCUUCAUGAUGCUCUUCACCUUGGGGAUUGACACGCUGUUUGGCAACAUGGAAGGCAUCACCACAGCUGUGAUAGACGAGUUCCCCUCCCUGCGCGACUUCAAGCGGAAGGCCCUCUUCCUGGCGGGGCUCUGCUUUGCCUUCUACUUGCUGGGCCUCCUUUUGGUUACCGAGCCGGGGGCAGUUCUCUACACAGGCUCACAGCAGAAUCAAACUCCCGGAAGCAUGGAUGUGAUUGGCAUGUCUGAGCUUGUGCCCCCUGGUGCAGGGAAGGCGUUUGUAGCCCUGGAGGCGCUGCGGGCAGCCUCCUCACCUGCCGCCUGGUUUGUGGGGUCCGGGCUUGCUGCUCUUGAAUGUGAAAAGGAUUGCUUAGGAGCCCAGGCGCCUCAAGGACGCGAAAGGGAGAAAGUUGUGCCACCUGCGGAAAUCUCCCCCCUGUGGUGCAAGGGACGUAUCCUGUUGCCCGAGAAAGAGGCUCUGCUGCAGAACGGGGGCAGCCGCGGUGGGCUGGCGGCGACACUUUGUUCGUUCAUCUGUCCUCCACCCAUUGAGGAGAAGGGGUAUGCAAAUGAGCGGCUGCCAGUCGGAGCAGACAGUUCUGACCGGAAUGGGCCCAGCGCCUGA